AUGAACGAUGUUGGUGCUCAUAAUGGUGAAUGUGAUGCGACGCUUCUGAGGGAAUUGUCUGUGCUACUUGAACGCUGUGCCAUAAGCGAUCCUUUCAUUAAGGUGUACAUAAAAAGAGAAGCACCACAGCUGUUAAAGCCGGCGAUGUUUCUUAUGCUUCUGGCAGCUACGAGCAAAUUUAACGUGCCAAAAAAGGCCGAUUCUACGGACAUAUCAGCAUUUUGUGCGGGUUUCGCUUGCAUUCUACUGCAAUUCAAUGCCAUACACGAAUUCUUUGUUUUGUGUGGCACAUAUGUUUCAACGGUGAUACUUACCACUCGUGGAGCUGCGAAACAACCGAGCAUUAUGCCAGCCGCUCGAUUCAUUGCGCAUUACUCCUCCCUGCCACCGAAUGUAUGA